CAUCCUGCCUCGUUCGUCUCGCCGUCCCGCCAGGCCUCGACCCCUCCUCUCCGAUUGCGCAGUCCGAUCGGCAAAGCGGCCCUGACCGCGCCCGCUCAGGAUGCUGGAAGGUGUGCUAGCGUCGGUCUUGAACCGCUUUCUUGCCUCCUAUGUUGAUGGACUGAACACCAGCCAGCUCAAUGUCGGAAUCUGGAGCGGUGACGUCAAGCUCAAGAACCUUCGUCUCAAGACGUCCGCUCUUGACAAGUUUCGACUGCCGAUUGAUGUCAAAGAAGGCUACCUCGGAGAUCUCACUUUGUCCAUUCCCUGGUCGAAUCUCAAGGGAAAGCCUGUGAGGGUCCUGAUCGAAAACGUCCACCUUCUUGCAGCUCCCAAGAAUGCUUCGGCAGAGGUGGAUGAGGCAGAAGAGGAGGAAAGAGCUCAAGCAGCCAAGCAAGAGAAGCUGGCGAACGCUGAGCUUCUUGGCAGAGACUCGGGCGCCUCUGUGGGAGGCAUGACCGAAGAAGAAGCUCAAAAGAAUGAAAGCUUCACCAGCUCCCUGGUCACGAAGAUCGUCGACAAUCUCCAGAUUACGGUCCGGAAUAUUCACGUCAGAUACGAGGACAAGCUGUCAAAUCCUGAGCAUCCCUUCUCAGCUGGUUUCACCUUAUCAGAGUUCUCAGCAGUCUCGACCGACGGCGAGUGGAACCCUACCUUCAUUCAGAACAGCACAGAUGGUAUCCACAAGCUUGCGCGCCUUGAAUCGCUGUCACUGUAUUGGGACACAGACUCCUCAUCCCUCGCCGGUUUCGAUCCGGACACAUCGCAGAAAAGGUUUUCUGAGCUGAUACCCCGCGACGGACAAGAUCCAUCCCAUCAAUACAUUCUCAAGCCCGUCUCGGGAGCAGGCAGACUUGUCAUGAGGAGAAAGAUGACCCCCGAAGUGGCCAAGAUGGACGCUCAGCUUCUCUUCGACGAGCUUGGAUUUGCUCUUGAUGAUGAGCAGUAUCGAGAUGUCAUCUCCGUGGCCGACCUCUUUCACUUCUAUACCAGACAAGCGCAGUACCGGAGAUUCAGGGCCUCGCCAAAAGAGCUGGAGAAGAACCGACCUCGAGCGUUGUUCAAAUUCGCCGGCAGAGCCAUCAUCAAUGAAGUGCACGAAAAGCAUCGCGUCUGGACGUGGGAAUACUUCAAGCAGAGGCGAGAUGAUCGGAAAGCCUACGUUGAACUCUUCAAGCACAAAGACGAGCAGCAGGCAAAGCAGAAUCAGAAGCAGGCCAAUGUACAGCCUACCACCAGUGAAGAAGGAGAGAGGCUUCGUGAGCUUGAGAAGAGGCUAUCGUACAAGGACAUUCGCUUCUACAGAUCCAUCGCUCGCAACGAGCUGCGCAAAGAGCGCGCUGCGAAGAAGAAGGAAGAGGCAGAGCAUGGCACUGUGCAGAAGGCUGCUGCUACCGGUGGUAGCUGGCUUGGGUGGAUCUGGGGAGGUGCCACGCAUGACCAGAAGCAAGGAGAUGGUGUCUUGAAUGAGGAACAGAGGAAGGAGCUCUACGAUGCAAUUGAGUGGGACGAGUCCGUGGGCAACCAGUCCAUCUCUGACGCGGUAGACGCACCAGGCGAUGCCAUCCAGAUGCGUCUGACCACCAAGCUGCAAACAGGUUCAUUCGCACUGAAAGACCACUCAAGAGGCAGCAAUGUACUCGCUCUAGUCUUUGACUCGCUACAAGCUGAUGUCGUGCAGCGAGUCGACAAUUUGGAAGCAGCGCUCUCGCUUGGUGGCUUGAGGGUCUACGAUGGUACAACGCCAAAUUCGCUAUAUCCUCAGAUUGUUCGCGUCAAGGAUGACGAUCUUACAGCUCCCGAACGCCAGCUUUCUGAUGGCAGCGAAGACAUCAAGGAGAUCGAAAGGCAAGUGGGCACCGAGAGCGAUCCGGACAACCCUUUCUUCUACUUGAAAUUCGAGAACAAGCCCCUCGACAAGAGGGCUGACAAUGCUCUUACAGUCAAGAUGCGAUCCAUGGAGAUCAUCUACCAUCGCGGCUAUGUGGAAUCAAUCUUUCGCUUCUUCCGCCCUCCCGAGAGUGAGCUCGAGCUCAUCGGAGCCCUCAUUGAUGUCGCUAGCGAGACAUUGGAGGGUAUCCGUAAAGAGACCAGAGCAGGGCUCGAAGCGGCUCUGGAGAAUCACAAGACGAUUGACGUCGUUCUGGACAUCUCUGCUCCCAUCAUCAUCAUACCCGAGGAUGUGACGGCCAGGAAGUGUCAGCACGUGGUCCUCGAUGCUGGUCAUAUCGGUGUACGAUCCGUGCUAGCUCCACAGGAAGCAAUCGACGCGGUCCGAUCGAAGGCCUCCAAGCAGUAUACCGACAGUGACUACAAGCAGCUGGAAGAUCUGAUGUACGAUCGAUUCUUCGUCAAGCUAGAGUCCGCACAGCUGGUGAUGGGAAACGAUCUGGAAUCUUGCUUGAGAAGCUUGGAGGGGUCUACCACGAUGGACCACAAUCUACAUCUACUGGAGCGCAUCAAUCUCAAUUUCACUGUCCAUAAUUCGAUUUUACCUUCUGCCCCUAAUCUCACCAAGGUCAAAGUGACGGGCCACCUGCCAACUCUGAGAGUCAACUUCAGCGACCGCAAAUACCACCAACUGAUGGCUGUGGUCGACGUUGCCAUUCCGAACUUCGACGAUGACGAGGAGCAAGACGGGACUCCACCGCGCAUCACAAGGAUAGAAGACAUCCCUGAAGGAGACACGUCAGCCGCAGACGGCCACAAUCGUCGUCAGAGCAGAUCCGUCGACAAGCGCAUGGCCAAGCUUAGUACUGAGACGGACGCGCUAGACCUCAACAAAGAGCGGCGGUCGCGGAUCGCAAGUCAAAUGCGGGGUGACGAUGACUAUCUCGUUGACGAUGACGAUGACGACAGCUUUGAAGAUGCUGAGGACGUCAAGACGGAUCACAUCAAUGCCCACCAGAAGAAUUUCGAGCUCAAUUUCGUCGUCGACCAACUGCAAGCGUCCAUCUUCAAGUCCAAUGCCGACAUUAGCAAGCCAGACCGCUUGCUUGUUGAAGCAACCUUCGAGGGCUUCUUCUUCGGCCUAGCAGUACUGCCAUACCAGCUCAAUGUUGAUGUCGGGCUUCGAUCUCUCCAGCUGGAAGACAAGAUCGUUGACCACGGUCCUGCUUUCAAGUAUCUGCUCACCUCUAAGAGUGUCGAUGAUGGUCAAAGCGUUGGUGGCAACAAGCCACAAGGAACCGAGAGCAAGGAGACUGAUGGGCAGGCCACACCUACUUCAUCGAAAGACCUAGUCAAAGUGCAGUAUAUCCGCGUACAGCCCGACUCUCCGGAGUUCAUGAGCGUCUACGAAGGCAUCGACCAGUCUAUCAAUGUUGAGCUUUCCACGAUCAACAUCAUGCUCACGCGUGUCUCGAUCCUGGCGGUCUACGACUGGAUCAUGACUACGUUCGUUCCGCACGAAGAGCCGCAGAAGCAGCAGCAAGUCAGCAAGGCCGACGUAGGGCCGCAAGGCAAGCCGCCGACGGAAGAGCCCUCAAAAGAGCGUUCAGGUCAAGAGGUCUCCUCCGACAACGAGCCUCGCAAGGAGAAACUGCGCAUUCGUGUCAAGCUCACUUCCGUCGUUCUACGCCUCAACAAUGACGGGGCGUUGCUCUCGACGCUGACUCUGUCGACUGCCGACGUCGCAGUCUUCUUGCGAGGCGCGACCUUGCGAGUGGCUGCGCGCCUGGGAUCUCUAUUGCUGCUUGACAACACACAGCGAGACACGGCCGCCCCGGAGUUCAAAAAGCUACUUUCCAUCGAAGGCGACGAAUUGGCAGACUUCUCCUACGAAACAUUUGACGCGGAGGACUCGGCUUCAUACCCGGGCUACGACAGCUCAAUCUGGCUGCGUAGCGGCUCUCUCCGCUUUACCUUCAUGGAAGAGCCGAUUCGUGAUUUGCUCAUCUUCUUCUCUAAGUUUGCUCGCAUGAAGGCGGUCUACGAUGCAGCUACUGAAGCGGCCACUGCUCAAGCCACCCAGUUGCAGGAACGGGCCAGUAAGAUGCACUACGAUGUCAUCAUUCAGUCGCCCGUCGUCGUGUUGCCAAGGGAGGCUUCUUCAAGUGAUGUGCUCAUUGCUAAUCUUGGAGAAAUCUACGCCCAUAACACCUUCCCGCCGAAGGACGAGGGUCACGUAGUGACGAAGGUCGAGGCCGGCCUUAGGCAUAUUCGCCUUGCUUCGCAUUUGAGGCACGAUGGUCAGAACUACAAUGUUCAGAUGAUCGACGAUGUCAACAUCUCAGUCGACAUGACUCAGGAGCAGCACUUGGAUCACCACAAUGAGAGCGAUGAGCCUGAGAUGCAGAUCAUUGCCAGGAUGUCAGAUGUGCAGAUCAAGAUGACGCAGCACCAGUACUGCUUCAUAAUGGCUUUGACACAAAGUAUACCUCGGGCCUUUGCUAUCGAUUUCGGUGACGAAGAUGCGGAGAACAUUAGCGAGGCCGUCUCUGCCGUUCCCUCAGUUCCGGCGACGCCCACUCCUCCACAGGGCAAAAGUGGCAGCGGCAGCCCAAUUCAACAUUCAGGUCCUGACAUGCUACCCGAACUGGGGACAGUGUCACACCAGGCGAACGGAGAAAGCCAACUCCUCAGCACCGCACUUGAUCUUCUGUUCAGCGUCCGUACCAUCAAUCUGGAAAUAUUCACUGCUGCUGCGACAGGUCAGGACAGCUUGUACAAGGCCAGUCUGGCGCGCUUCACUUUGAGCAACACUGAGGUGAAGCUCAAGAUGCUCUCAGACUCGAGUCUCGAGGCCGAGCUGGCUCUCAAGGCAUUCACUGUGUCUGACACCCGGCCCGACAAGGACACGAAGUUCCGUGAGAUCAUUCCUGCCUCAAGACACGUUGGUCAUCAGCUCAUGGUCUCUUUCACCAUGUCAGGGGACCCGACGGACAAGUCCGGACUCGCUCUCGUCACUGUUGACUCCCCGAAGAUGAUCUUUGCUCUCGAUCCACUAUUCGCCUUGCUCGAGUAUGCAACGAGCCCUUUCCAAGAAGAGUCUGGCUCUACAGGCGAUGACACUAGUGUAGCACCGAGCAAGCAGCCACAGCCCGCCUCCCGAGUACCUUCCACAGCGGUCUCGAAAGCGCCGUCCGCGCCUGCACCGGCGCAGGCUCAGAAGCAGCCUGCCGAGUCAUCUCCAAGCCCCGAGGCGGGUACGAUCUCCUUCCGAGUCAAUGUCGUCGAUCCGAGUGUUCUGCUGCUAGCUUCACCCGAGAAGGCUGACUCAGAGGUCAUAGUCCUGUCAAUCAAGCAGAUCUUGCUCUCACAGCAAGGCAUUCUCGCUCUCAAGGUGGACUCGAUGGGCAUGUUUGUGACUCGCAUGAGCCGCCCGCGAGACUCCUCUUUGCGACUGCUAGACAAUUUCGAUCUCGCCCUUUCGAUGGACACUCGAUCGUCUGCAUCGAGACAGAUGACAAGCAUUGAGAUUGACAUUGAACCCAUCGUCUUGCGGGUUUCAUACGGCGACAUAAUGCUCUUGUCUUCCGUCGUCAACAAAGCGAUCGAGCUCUCGUCCCGGUCGUCCGAUGAUUCAGCAGCAAAAUCAGCUCGUGGUGCUCCAUCGUCUGUUGGAGGUUCCUCUGUGGCGGUCCCCGCCAGUACCCAUAUGGCACGAGCUGGCUCGACUACGAAGAGCAUCGAGCCAUCCCCUGGAGCUAGCAAAACCAAGAAGAGCUACGAGGCUGAGCUUAUUAUCUCGAAAGAGGUACUCAAGGCUGAGGUAGCUGGAGUUCAGGUCGUGCUGAUUGGCGACGUCCACACUCUACCUUUGCUUGAUCUCUCGAUCGAGAAAUUUACAGUCGACGUCCGCGAUUGGACUGGAGACAUGCAAGCUAAUGCCCAGCUGGCAACCUACAUUAACUACUACAAUCUUUCGAGGUCUCAUUGGGAGCCGCUGAUCGAGCCUUGGGUGGUGGAGCUUGCGCUGCAGAAUUCCUCAUCACCGGCCAGUACUCACAUGACCAUCUCCUCGAAACGCCGCCUGGAAGUGAACGUCACUACGACUCUUAUCGAGACCGCUCUGACAUCGAUGGCGAUUCUCGGAGAUCCCAGCAAUUUCACCAGCUCCUCGCGACAACAUCAGGCACCUUUCAAGAUCCGCAACAGGACCGGUUACCGCUUGAGCUUGUGUGCGGAGCACGACGAUCGCAAGGUGAAAGUCACUCCACAGCACCUCGACGACAGCUCGGAUAUGCCCUUCAGCUUCAGCGAUUGGAAGUCGAUGCGGGAGAACAUCACUGAAACGGGCGGGAGGAGACUGGCUCUUGAAUUCGAAGGCAUGCCAUGGGAUCGAUUGAAACACAUUUCAGUCGACCGCGAGGGUGAAUUUGUGUACAAUCUUCGACCGAAGCUCGACAAGGUUGCCCAUCGGGUCAUCUGUGACAUCAAGCUGGAGGACAACGUGAAGAUCAUCACCUUCCGAUCUUCCUUCGUAGUUGAGAACAGCACGAUGGUGCCGGUCGAGAUGAUGAUCCUUGACAAGGAUGGGAACAACACGGACAAGACUCGCCGCAUUGCACCAGGCGACAGCUGUCCCGUCCCCAUCGAAGAUGCAUUCCACCGCAAAAUCAGGCUGCGUCCCGACCGUGGCUUCGAUUACCACUGGUCGAACGACAGUGUCGGCUGGCAAGACCUCAUGAAGAGAACAACGCGGUCGAUCUCUUGCAAAGCCAGCGAGCCCAAUGAAGCUCCUUUCCGAUUCCAGUGCUUCUCCGACUACGAUAAGCAAGACCCAAUGAGCCGACAAUAUCCCAAGGUGACUUUGCGAUUGCGACCACCCGUCGAGAUCGAGAAUCUUCUUCCUUACGACAUCCAGUACCGGAUCUUCGACAAGAACAUGAACCACAAUUGGUCAAGCUUCUUGCGAAAGGGAGGCGUGUCACCGAUCCACGUCGUUGAGCUCUCACACUUGCUGCUUCUGAGCGCAGACAUCCAGUCUUCGGUGUUCUCACCUAGCGAAUUCGCCAUCAUCGCAACAGACAAUCCUGAUGACUUCCCUGUGGAGAAGGACCUGACUCUGGCCGAUUCCGAGAAUCUCAAGCUCAACUUGCGACUGCACUACUACAAGUAUCCAGACAGUGGUGGAGCCUUCAAGGUGUCGAUUUAUUCGCCGUAUAUCUUCAUCAAUCAGACUGGCCUGCCUUUCUCACUCAAGACAAAGUCGUGGCUCGGUGCUGCCAAGCUCGUCGCUGGUCAGGACUCUGGUCCCGUAUCCUCUCUGCGGAAAGAGCCAAUGCCGUUCGUCUUUUCGCACAGCAGCAACGACCGUAGGAACAGGAUGCUCCUGAGAGUUGGAGACUCUGGAUGGUCGAAGCCUCUGUCUUUCGAGGCUAUCGGUUCCGAAAUGGAAGUAGUCCUGCCUUCUGCAUCAAAGAAUGAGGAGAUUCAUUUGGGACUAACCAUCAGUGACGGGCUGGGCAAGUUCAAGCUGUCUAAGGUCGUCAAGCUGCGUCCUCGCUACAUCGUGCGGAACCAGCUGAACGAGCCUAUCAACUUGCGAGAGGCAGGUGCGGCUGACUUUGUCACGUCCGAGGCGAACACACGUCUCCCACUGCACUUCCUGCGCGUGGGCGCUACGAAGCAGAUGACCCUUGCUUGGCCUGGUCUGAACAAUAAGUGGACCGCCCCCUUCAACGUCGAGGACGUCGGUACAGUCCACCUGCGCAUCGCCAAGGCUGGUCACCACCAACAGCUCGUCAAAGCUGAAGUCCUGCCUGAGGGUCCCACGGUGUUCAUCACCUUGAGCUACGAGACUGGACCCUGGCCCUUCAUGAUGAGGAAUGAAAGUGACUACACGAUUACAUUCAGCCAGACUGCCGAGAGGGCCGAAUCUGAUGGUCAGAUGGCCUAUGAUCAAGUAGGCAAGCGAUACGAGCUGAAGCCUCGCUCUAAGAUGAAGUUCGCCUGGGACUUCCCUUCACAGAAGAGCAAGCUGAUCAAGCUGAUCGCCAACGGACGAGAGAGGAACGUGAAUCCUCUCGAAAUCGGAAAUCAAUUGCCUUUCAAAUUCCCUGCUGCCGAUGGCAGAGGCAAUCGUGUCGUAUCCAUCGACGUCAGGCUCGACGGACCUACGCAGACUGUAGUCUUGUCCAACUACUCGGAAGCGCUCAGCAACUACAAGAUCAAGAGGCCUAACAUGUCGCGGUCAGAUACGAUGAACAGUCGUGCUAGCACCGAGAUGGGCUUCGAGGCCGUCGAUAUCGAUACCGACAUCAUCUCCUCGUUCGGGCUCAUCCUGUCUGGAGUGGGCAUAUCUCUCAUGGACAGAAGGGUGCAAGAGAUUGCCUACAUCAGUCUUUCCGACGUUGAUGUUCGAUACAACGAGUCGCAAGCGACACGCACAUACGGCUUGACGAUCAAGUGGAUGCAGAUUGACAAUCAGCUAUGGGGUGCUCUCUUCCCUAUUAGCUUGUACCCGGCCAAUCUGCCCAAGGACAAGGCCGCGCUGGAGACCUUGCCUACCCUGCAAGUCGCCGUCGUCGAGGCAAAGGAUGAGACACAUGGAGUGCGCCAUCUCAAGUAUGCUUCCGUGCUGUUGCAAGAGCUGCAGAUUGAGAUCGAGCUCGAGUGGCUCAUGGUUCUGCUCGACUUUUCGAAGGCCUUCGAGCGAGCUCUACCGGUCGAAGCUGAGGGAGACUAUACCGACAGUCCCACUGAGAUUCCGGACCCUCAACGCAUCGAGAUCAAGCAGGCUGACAUCUACAUCGAGCUGUUACUUCUGCAGCCACUGUUCCUCACCAUCUCAUUCCUGAUGAGCGAUCGUGGCGAGCGCAAUGCGGAAGAUCAGGUCGCUCAGUCGCGAUCGCCCCUAGCAUUCCUAGUCGGCGCUGUCACGUCAGCUGUCGGUAAUCUCAACCAAGCACCGAUUCGUCUUUCCGCUAUCGCCAUCGAGAAUGCUCGUCUGUCGCCCGACGAGCUGAUUGCGCGUCUACAAGCGCACUACGUCUCCAGCGCAGUCGGACAGGUGUACAAGCUCGUCGGUGCCAUCGACGUGCUCGGCAACCCCCUCGGUCUCAUCUCUGGUAUCGGCAGUGGUGUAUCCGAUCUACUGUACUCGCCCAUCGAGGGACUGGUGUUGCACGGCAACCGAGAGCUAGGUCUCAGCAUUGCCCGAGGAGCAGGCUCAUUCGUGCGUAAGACCGUCUUCGGUGUGUCAGACUCGAUUUCGAAGUUCACUUCUUCCGUUGGAAGUGGCCUGGCUGCUGCCUCGUUGGACAAAGACUUCGAGGCAAAGAGAAGAGCGGCGCGCUUCCGCAACAAGCCUCGACACGCUUUGACUGGCGUGACGGCUGGAGCUAACAGCUUCUUCUCUUCGCUGACUUCGGCUGUGGAGGGAGUCGCUCUGCGACCACUCGAAGGAGCUGAACGAGGUGGCGCAUUGGGCUUCCUGCGGGGCAUAGGCAAGGGCGGUGUCGGACUCCUCGUCAAACCUGCCGUGGGAGCCUUCGAUCUCGCUGCCUCGUUCGGUGAGGGUAUCAGGAACACUACAACCGUCUUUGACUCUACCAACGACAUCGAUCGGGUGCGUCUGCCUCGGUACGUCGCUCCAGACCUGAUCGUUCGGCCGUACAGCUCCCGCGAAUCGCUCGGUCUUGCCUGGCUUAAGAAUCUCGAAGAGUCAAAGUACGUCAAAGAAUACUAUGUGGCCCACGCAGACAUCGGCACAAAGGAUGAAGUGGUCAUGUUGACCACGACGAAGAUUCUGUACAUCCGAACGAUGCAGCUCAAGUGUGUUUGGGAAGUGGGGCUGUCGGAGCUCUCGUCGGUAUCCCUUGAGACGGACGGUAUCGCUCUUAUCCUGCGAAGCGGCGCUGCAGGACCAUUCUUGAAGCUCAAGGAUGUGGGGUUGAGAAAUUGGCUAUUCAAGCACAUCUCACGCGUGGUGACGGCGUACAACCAGGCCAAUCGAUGAUGGAACUGUUGAGCGGGCAGUCAAGCAGAGGCGAUGUAAUGAAGGAGAAGGAGGAGGAUGGAUGUAGCGGCUGUGUUUGUGUCUCAAUGUGCU